AUGAGAUGUAUUUAACAAUGAUCCUUUUCUUUCUUUCUUGGAAAUUGUUAGUUAUUACUUAUUCACACAGGAAUAUAACUGAUUGAAUUGAGCGAUUAUUACACGUAGGCCAGUAAUAAACUGUAGAGCAAGCAUGUAUUGACAGAGCAUAGCAUAUUGCUCUUCUGUGAUUAUGGAGUUGCAGAUAUUGUUAUUCAUUUGGAUUCUUCCGUUUCAAGCCACAGCAAAUUUAGAGAGGCAGUAUAUCUAUGUACAAAAGGAUAUGACAUGGACUGAAGCACUUGAUUAUUGCGCGCGGAAUAAUUCAGUGAUAUCUGCUCUCAGCAACAAAGAUUUAACAUCUAUAAGGGCAUGUAACCAGAGCACUAAAGAGUUAUGGACAAGUUCUUAUGUAUAUGCAACCCCUUAUAUAUCAAUAAUAGGUUGCUUCAGAAAUACAACUGCAACAAGUUUAAACUUCUCGAGUCUUCUGAAACCCUCGAUACUGGAUUGUCAAGAUCUGUGUUCUUCCUCAUCUUUGUUUGCUAUCAUGGAUAAGAAGUGUGCUUGUUUAGAUAACAUAAACAGUGCCGUUGAGAUCACAGAUGCCUAUUUAUGUGACGUUCCAUGUGAUGGUCCUUUUUGGUGUGGAGGGAAAGACAGCAUGAAUGUGUACUCCGUCGUUGAAGAUUUUUUCAGUAGAAGACAACGUUUAGCAAACCCAGAUUUUACUUCUUGUGUGUCAUACCAAUGUGUUGAUAACAGAUAUGUUUACAAGGAGGUGGACUGUAGCUCUGAAAAUAUAUCAGAAGCAGCUUGUAGUACCUUUUUUUCUUGCACAUUUGAGCCUGGAGAACCAUGUUUUCUCUUUCAAGCGAAAAACGAUGAACAUGAUUGGACAAUUACUGUCAGCAGCACAGGUAUUGGACCACAGGAAGCUUAUCAAGGAUCAUACUUUGCAUUCGUUAAUGACAGCAGUGGUACCUAUAAGCAAGGGAGUCGAACAACUCUUGGGUCAAAUAUAGACUUUCCUGACUCCAAAGACAGUGACUGGUGUUUACGGUUUUGGACCUUUCUCCCAAAUACUAGUGAUGUUGGACGCCUACAAGUUUACACAGAGAAAACUGGUGAAAAAUUGUUUAUUAAGAACUUUACCAACAGGCAAGAUGCCGAAUGGAACUAUGCCGAGUUUGAUAUCCAGGUUCACAAAAACGAUAGAAUUUUCUUUGAAUCAGUUCGAGGUGUAAAUGGAUCACAUUUUGCAGUAGAUGACAUUACGCUUAUAAAAGGAAAAUGCAGAAACACGCAUUCGAGUGUUUUAUACAUGACGGGGGAAGUAAAAUGUAAUUUUGAAGGGAACAAAGACAUUUGUUUUGAUCAAGACCAGAAAGAUAAUUUUGACUGGAUAAUCGCACGGAAUGAACAAAAGAUAAGAGACCAAAAAACCGGACCGAUGAGCAGUAUAGAAGGAAACUAUUACAGCUAUAUCAAUACAAGUGACGACAAGGAACGAAGAAAUUCUAAAGCUGUACUUAUUUCCAAAUUUUACUUAACAGAUGUAACUAUAACUUUCAGUAUGCAGUACCAUAUGAAUGGUAAGGACAUAAACACACUUAGAGUCUACUUAAAAAAUGGAAUGAGGGAACUGGAUUUUUUCAGGAGAACUGGAAAUCAAAGAGAAGAUUGGUUAAGGAUUUCUUUUACCGUCAAAAUAGAGGGAACAUGGAAGUUAUUUAUAUCAGCAAAUAAAGGCUAUGGACCUCUGGGAAAUAUUGCCAUAGACGAUAUCCAGAUAAAAAUCAAUCGACAGGAUCUAAAAUAUAAUUGGAUGAAUCAGAAUGAGAGAUGUAAACACAAUCUGGGUGCCUAUGCCAUCAAUCAUCAACAAUUACCGGACCAGCCUUGUUUUUCAUUUGAUUUUAAUCGCUGGACAGGUAUUAUCAGGCCUCAAAGAAGAGGCUCCGCGAUUAAUGUGUUGGCAAAACAUCCAACCAAAGUGAAAAUAUACAGGAACCUUGGCGGGAACUAUGAAUAUGUCUGGGAAUCAUUUAAUUUAACUUUUACUCGACGAUUUAUUUGUGAAAAGAAUUCAAGCACAAUUAAGGACGUUUGCACGGUGAUAAAUGAGAAAGAAUCCACAUCUUUACUUAACCCUGCGAACACAACAUCCUCCAAUGAUACAUUAGUGGGAGUGCUCAUUGCCUCUGCUGCUACUAUACUUGUUGUCAUCAUUAUCACGCUGAUUUGUUAUAAAUGGAAGAAGACGUUACAAAAUGGAAAGAAACCUAAUAUUACUCCAGUAGUUAACGAAAAUGCCGCAACUUAUCGAAGCAACAACGAAACUAUUCUUAUUCAAAGCAAACGACCAACUGAACACAAUACGUUGGAGAUGGAAGAAAAUAAUCAGAAGACACACCAAGAAGAUGAAAAAAGAAAUCUCCAUCAAAAGAAAAGAGAUGAAUUACCCACGCAAGAUCAUGACCAAGCUCAUUAUGUAAACAAUGAUAUGGUGUCCACAAAUGAUGACCUUUGCAGUGGCAUUGUAGAAAACCAAUAUGAGUCCCCAAUGAUGCCUCCUGAUGACACACAUACAUACAGUCCAUUAAUUUAUUUCUAAUUUGUGACAUUGCGAACCUUUUUACAUAACUUCUUCCUUAAUUUUAAGGAACAAUGAUGCAAAUAUUAAAUGACAGUUAAAUCCUGCGAGCUUCCAAAUUUCAGGGUAUGCAUACAUCAAAUUAUUAAAUUUAUUUCAUUUCCUUUUAAAGAUGUUUCCAAACUGAAGAUAAUAUUUUAUAAAUUUUCUCUAUGUUCCUAAGAAAAAACAAUGCUUUUUGAGUCCGAAUAUCACAUGUUUAUCUAUGCCUGUGAAAAAUGUGUCCAUCAGCAAAAAUUAUCUUUCUUUAAUUUCACUUUUUUUUGUUUUUGUUUAAGAAAAAAAAAUACAUUUCUACAUAGUACACUGUAAAUUAUAUAAGUUCUGAUAAAGAAAUAUAAAUAUUUUAAUUUAUGGUAGGAAAAUCAACUUUGUGCAAAUGUUUAAGAUAGAAAAAAAGAAUAACUCUCAGAUAUUAAGCAACAGAUAAUACAAGUCAAUGUUAGAAACAUAUAAACUUCUUGCCAAACGGCUUGAUUACAGUGUAUGGAUAUUACAGAUAUUCAAGGAAAUGGCUAAGUAAAUAACACAAUUUUUGGUCAUUUUUGGAUUUAAUUUCUUUGGAAGUUAUCUCUCUUUUUAGAGGAAUCUUACACGAUCGACCUUAAUGUCAUGAAAUUGUUAAGUUGUACAGCCUUUCUUUGU